UCCAAACAAAUUGUUAAUAAUAAACGAAAAUUAGCCGACUAUGCAGAGCAUUUAAAAGUUGAAAAAUGCGUGGCGUGCUCAAAUGGUUGGAGCGCAUUGAUUUUCAAAAUGCCAAAGAUGAGAGUACCAGUGUGCAUAGUCUUUGCUACUCACCUGAUGGCAGCCAAUUGGUGGUGGCAGCAGGUGACAGAUUGCUUAUUUAUAAUCCACACGAUGGAUCACUGCUGAAUACGCUGAAGGCGCACAAGGAUAUAGUAAAUGCAGUGGCCUAUGCCAAGGAUGGCAAACGUUUCGCCAGCGGCGCAGCCGAUAAAAUGGUAAUAGUAUGGUCACCACAGCUAGAGGGGUUGCUUAAGUAUUCACACGGCGAUUCUAUACAAUGCAUGAGCUUUAAUCCUGUAUCGCAUCAUUUGGCCAGCUGCUCCAGUUCGGAUUUUGCCUUUUGGUCGGCGGAUCAGAAGGCAGUGCAAAAGUAUAAAAUAGGCUCACGUGUAAAUGGCUGCGCCUGGACAAAUGAUGGGCAAUAUUUAGUGUUGGGUCUGGCCAAUGGUGCUAUAUCCAUACGCAAUAAGCUAGGCGAGGAGAAGAGUCGCAUUGAUCGUCCUGGAGGUGCCAGCUGCUCUGUGUUUAGUGUGCAGUGCUGUCCAGCGACUGGCGCAGGCGCUCUGGAUACCAUAGCAGUAGCGGAUUGGGGUCAGACCUUGUCGUUUCACACGCUCAGCGGACAGAUGAUAGGCAAGGAGCGUGCACUGGGGUUCGAUCCGCUUUGCAUGCAGUAUUUUCCCAAUGGCGAAUUCCUUGUUGUUGGCGGCUGCACGGGCCAGUUGCAGUUUUUCACGCGUGAAGGCGUGCGCUUGGGCACGCUAGGCGAUACCUUCGACUCCUGGAUUUGGUCAGUGGCGCUGCAUCCGAGUGGGCAAUCAUAUGCAUUGGGCUGCCAGGAUGGCACACUAGUAUGCUUUAAUAUAGCGUCCAGCACAGUGCACGCUCUGUAUCGGGAACGUUAUGCCUUUCGCGAGAACAUGUGCGAUGUCAUAAUACAGCAUUUGAUGACGGGACAAAAGGUGCGUAUUAAGUGUCGCGAUCUGGUGCAAAAGAUUGCCAUCUAUAGAAACAGACUGGCUGUGCAGCUGCCGGAGCGCGUGGUGCUAUAUGAGCUAAGCUCGACAGAGGAUCAGCCCAUGCACUAUAAAGUCAAGGAGAAGAUACAACAAAAGUUUGACUGCAGUCUGCUUGUGGUCUGCGGCUUGAAUAUAGUGCUCUGCCAGGAGAAGCGCUUGCAGUGCUUGGACUUUGCUGGUGAACUGCAGCGCGAGUGGCUAAUGGAUUCAUUUAUUCGUUAUAUCAAAGUAACAGGCGGUCCGCCAGGACGCGAAGGUCUUAUGGUGGGCCUAAAGAAUGGCCAGGUGUUUCGCAUAUUUCUGCACAAUGCCUUGCCGCUGCUUAUAACCACAGCGGUGUCAGCGGUGCGUUGCCUGGAUAUCAAUGCCAAUCGCAGCAAGAUUGCAGUAGUGGAUGAUGUUGGGCGUCUGGUGGUGCGUGAUCUAUUCAACGACAACAUACUCUAUCAAGAUACGGGCGUUAACAGCGUUACCUGGAACACACAUUUGGAUAGCAUGCUUUGUUAUACGCACACCACGGGCGGCUUGAGCGUGCGCGUGGGCAACCUACCACCCAGAUCACCACAGAACAUGCAUGGCGUAGUGGUGGGUCUCUGUGGCGCAACUGCCUUUUGUCUGCGCGGCAAUAUAAUGCACAACACGCCCUUGGCCUUGGGCGCUACCAUGUGGCAGUUCAUCGAGGCAGGACUGUUUGAGGAAGCGUAUCAGGUAGCCUGUCUGGGCGUCACCAGCAGCGACUGGGAAGGUCUAGCCCAAUCUGCCUUGGAGGCAAUGCACAUCAACAUUGCCCGCGAUGCUUAUGUCAAGGUGCGCAAUUUGCCUUGGCUGCAGCUCAUCAGUGAACUGCGCGAGCAGCAGCAACGCAGCGCUGCGCCCAAGGAGGUGCUGCUGGGAGAGACUUGCGCCUUUGCUGGCAACUUCAAGGAAGCAGCGCGUCUCUUUCUCAAAGGUGCGCAGACACAAAAAGCGUUGGAAAUGUAUACGGAUCUGCGCAUGUUUGAUUUGGCGCAAGAGUAUCUCAAAGAUGGCAGUGAACAGGAUAAGCGUGAACUGGUGCGCAAGCGUGCCGAGUGGGCUUACUCUGUCAAGGAGCCACGCGCAGCGGCUGAGCUGCUACUAUCCGCCGGCGAGCAUCAAAAGGCCAUUGAUAUUGUAGCCGAGCAGGGCUGGGCGGAUGUCUUGUACGAUAUUGGCCGACGUUUGAGUCUCAGCGAGCGCGAUGCUUUGGUAUCGGUGGCGCAAAAUCUAAAAACGUUGAAAGCCUUGCCGCUGGCAGCAGGGAUGUUCAAGAAGCUGGGCGAUGAAGCGCAGGUGGUGCAGCUGCAUGUGGAAGUGCGCGACUGGCCGGAGGCGUUUCGUUUGGCAGAGGCUUUGCCGGAAUUGCUGCCGUCUGUGCACUAUCAGCAUGCCCAGUGGCUGGCCGAAACGGAUAAGUUUAUUGAAGCGCAUCAGGCUUAUCUAAAAGCGGGUCGCACUAAGGAUGCCAAUCGUCUGUUAAAACAGCUAAGCAAUGCUGCCAUAGCUGAGGAGCGUUAUUUGGACGCCAGCUACUUUUACUGGCUGCUGGCCAAGCAAUAUUUGGAUAUCUAUCAUGAAAAGUCUGAACAAAAUCCUAUUGAUCAUCAUUUACACGAGUACAAAAAUCAUUUGCGUAUAGCUAAGGUCUACUAUGCUUAUAGCGUUAUCUACAAUUAUAUGAAGGAGCCCUUUACCACGCACUCGCCCGUCAGUCUCUUCAAUGUCAGUCGUUUUAUCUUCAAUGAAGUGGAAAAUAAGGGCGCGCCCAAAGGCGUCAGCAUGUUUGCUGUGCUAUUCACAUUGGCCAAACAGGCCAAGCUGCUACAGGCCAACAAGCUUUGUCUGCUGGUUAAUAAGCGACUACAGUCACUCAAACCACCAGCUGGUGUGCAGGAACAAAUUGAUCUCAAUUUUUUAAGCAGCAAGGCCUGCAAAAGCGGCUUUAAUGAUCCCGAGGAGCUGCUGCCGCUUUGCUACAAGUGCUCCAACUAUAGUCAACAUUUGAAUAACAACUGCUGUCCGACAUGCAGACAGGAUUACAUAUUUUCCUUUGUUUCUUUUGAAAUUUUGCCUUUAGUACAAUUCUAUCCCGAGGUGGACAUAGCUGAUGCGGAGGCAGAGCGUUUGUUAUUGGCGCCCGCCAAAAAUGCUGCCGAAGCGGAUCCUUUCAAUGAGGAUGUAGCCAGCGCACUGCCUUUAAGCUUAGAUCGCAAUGCUCUGCGUGCUAUUGAUCCCAAUCAUGUGCUCAUACUCAAGCGACAGAAUAAGCAUAUACGCAAUAUUUAUUAUAGAAAUAUAUUGCCCGAUUUGCAAGUGACAUACUGCUCGGAAUGUUUGCUGCUAUUUUAUGCCGAGGACUUUGAGCUGCAAGUCCUGCAGAAGGGUUACUGUCCUUUCUGCCGCACUUCUUCGGAUAAACUCCUGGAGGACUUUUAAUAUAAAGUGCAGUUAUUUUUAGUAACUUUUUAUGUACAAAACAAGUAUUUUAUUAAUUUAUACAA